AUGUCCGCCUCCAUCUACCGCCACGCCCCAGACGAGCUCAGCGCCGUCCUCGACGUCCCCUCCGCCCACCUACAACCCCACCACGACCUCUUAGCCCCAGACUUCAACAGUCCCUUUGCCGCCGACCAGCUUCUCUUCAACCCCGCCUCCCACCCCGCCUCCCUCUCAUCCCAGGAAGGUGAUUCGUCCUUCCUGCUGUCCCCCGCCGGCCCCCACUCCAGCUCCUCCCUCUCCCCAAGGCUGUCCCUCUCACCGUCUACGGGCGAGCCUUCCAUCCGCCCCUCUUCUCUCUCCUCGUACGCCCACUCUCACGCCUCUGCGCUCUCGCCCAACAGAAGCUAUGGCACUGCUUCACCACACUUUGAUCCCAUGAGCGGGAGCGAGUUGGAUCUGUUCCUCCUCCCCGAGCUGGGUCUUAAUUCCGAUGCCAGCUCCACCUUGGACUUGCCGCAACAUAACGAAAAGGCGGGCCACUCCCUCUACCUGCCUGGGAGACAGGAAGGAGCUAUGAGUGAUGACUGGAUACAGGACUUGUUCAAAGAUCCCACGUUCAAUCUGGGACAGCAGCCUCAGCAGCCAAAUGGACCUGUGCCUAGGACUGAAACGCCUUCGGGCAGCCAGAACAUUCAUUUGCAACAGCAUCAGCAUAUUGGGCAGACUAUCCAGCCGCAUCAGAUGGGGCAGCUGGGGGAAAGCCAACAAGGAUGGCCAGGGACGAAUGGUGAUGUGCAGCUCAACAUGCCGUACCAAGCUCCUCAGCCUCAAUCCCAUCCUCAACCCCACGUUCAGACUUCCAAACCACGGGCCGCCCCUGCCCACCGAACGCCUUCGGCCAAAGCCUCAGACAGCUCUGCCCCCGCCCCCACUGUCGGCAAACAUAACAAAACCGAGCGUCGCUACCGUCAAAAAGUCCAGGCUGCUCAAGCCGACCUGCGCGAUGCCAUCCCUGCCCUUCGUGUAUUAUACGGCACCUCUACGCCGGAGCAAGCGGCUACGAUCGAUAUCAAGGCCGCUGAUGGUACCGUGGACGGGCUCGGGGAGGUGACGAGGCCCAAUGCGAGUGCGAAGGCGACGAUCUUGAUCGGGGCGAGAAUGUACAUUGAGCUCCUUCAGAGGCGAAGCGCAAAGUUGCAGAGGAUGACGGAUGAACUCCAGGACUUUAGGAAGACUGUUGAGGGGGAAGCAGGCUUUGGUGCUUGGAAAGGCCAGUUCGAUGCCAAAGAGGCAGAAAUCGAGCGGUACGAGGCCGAGCAGUUGGCGAUCAGGAUUGCGCGGGAAGAAGAAGAAGAGAGUGAUGAAGACGGCGGCGAAGAGGUAGAUCAAGAGCCAUCGAAGAAGAGAAAGAGGGCUGCACCAGCCCCCAAGAAGCCCAGAGCUCCAGCAAAGUCAAAAGUGCAAGCCACAGCUGCUGCUGGCGCCCGGGUAUUUGCCGCCUUUGCUCUCUCAUUCUCAUUCGCUCCCUCCGCCUCUACCAUCCUUCAUCCUGUUUCACAGUCAUCUACCUCUCAGCUGCUGGGACCCCUGACCAAGCGCCAGGUCCUCUCACGUGUACCCAUUUUGACCGCCGAACAUACUUCUCGCCUUCUCGCUCGAGCUCUACCGAGUACAUUCGCGCCGGGUCCCGAAGCGUUGGUGGAAUGGACAUGGAAGUUGCUCAUCGCCGCUCUUCUUGCCGUUCUUAUGCGCUCGGUGAUCUCCAGGUGGUCUGCCCAGGACAAGCGUCCUACCACACCGGGGAGUCUCAGGGGUGUGGUUGAGGAUCUUGUUCAAUUUGCAACAGACAAGAACGAGGGUCGUGAUGGAGAUGAUUGGGAGCAUCUUGCUGCUGCGAUCGUGGGCAACUCAGCACCCCUGCCAACAGCAGUCAAGUGGCAUACCAUCCUCCACCUCAAUAUGACCGCUUCCAGACCCUACCCUCUCGCUUUACUCGCUCUUCUCCAGCCCGAGGUUGUUCUUCUCCGCUCUCCUGCAAGCAUCUGGACUUCUGCUCAGUCCCUUGUGGAUAGCACUACCCCAGCAGCAUUGGUUACAGUACUGCAGCUGCCCCUCCACGAGGUUCAAAAGUGCUUGACGGCAGUGUCCCCAACAUCUGCUCCUCUACCUGCUUUGGCGGAGCAGAUCACCCUCACUCACAUACACGACCUCUACACCCGCUUCUUCAUCCACAUCGUGGACGCCUCUCUCCCACCGUCCGCCUCUUCAUCCACGCUCCGCACUCUCCUUGCAGACCUCGAGGCUUACGGACUUGGUACCCAUCUGCAAACGUCAAACUUUGACAAGGAGAUUCGUGCCACCAUCUCUGGCGUCCAAAAGGGAAGUGCUGCCCAUGCGCUCGGAUUGGUAUUGAUUGGGCUUUGGGGCGUAUUUGUGAGGCAAAGGCCCGAGGGACAGGCGUCGUUGGUGGCUUCCUUGGCGGGACUCCAAGUUUCCGGGGGUGUACAGGGCUUGGAGAGCGUCGGCGCUCUUCUCGAACUUCUCUAUCCCGGGUGCUCAGAAUUUGCUCCAGCUCCUUCUCACGAGGAAAACCUUUCCAAGACCGCCCAAAAAGUCGAUCAUCUCGCCCUCUCCAUUAUCGAGUACAUCUCUCUCCUCCUUUCCAAUCCUUCCUCUUCCGCAUCUGUAUCUACCGAAAACAAGCCUAGAGGAAAUAGGAAGGAGGAAAGCAUGGAUGUGCAGAAAAGGGUCGUCAGCCUGAGAGGCAUUUUGAACAAGACCGGCUGGGUUGAGAUCGAAUCCUCCUGGGACGACGACGAUUCUGACGAUGAGCAAGCUUCCGCUGCUCCUUCACAGGAAGGACAGAGUCACCUUGAGACAGAGAGGACAAAGUAUGAGCGGGCGAAAGAGAGGCUGGUAGACGUCUUGGUGAAGAUUGGGCGACGGGCUGCAGGAAGAGCGAGGGGCCGGGAUGAAGAUUCUGGACUGGAAGGGGAUUUGGACGAAUUAUAG